AGCAGCCGGGGGGACGCGCUGCGCGGCGGCGAAGGCGGGGUGGGCUGCGGGGUUUAGUUUUUUUUUUUGUUUUGUUUUUAAUUUAUUUUAAAAUAUAUACUUUUUUUUUUUUUCUUUUUCCCCCUUUCUCCCUCCGCGAGGCUCGGGCUGAGCAGGACGCCUGCGGGCUGGAGACGCGGUGCCGCCGCCGCGGGCACCGGAGCGCCGGAGGCGGCCCAUGGCUGCACCGCCGGGCCCCGCGCCCCGCUGAGCUCCGCGGGCACCUCUGGCCAGGGAACACAGCGGGCACCAUGGUCCGGUGCUGGUGGCUCGCGGGGCUGCUCGUAGCCUGCGCGGCCGCGGAGCCGCCCCUGCGCUGGGAGCCGCGGUGCCGGCAGCAGCUCCGCCACCUGCAGGACGGCGCCAGGAUCGCAGCGCGGCUGCCGCCCCGCCUGGAGGGCCGAUGGGUCUCCACCGGGUGUGAGGUGCGGCCGGGGCCCGAGUUCCUCACCCGCUCCUACCUGUUCUACGCCAACCGGCUCUUCAAGGCCUUCCAGUUCUACUACUGGGACCCCUCGUGCCGCGACCCCUCCUACACGCUGGUCAUCAAGGGCAAGCUGCGGCUCCGCCAGGCCUCCUGGAUCACCCGCGGCGCCACCGAGGCCGACUACCACCUGCACAAGGUCGGCAUCGUGUUCCACAGCCAGAGGGCCAUGCGGGAGGUGGCCUCCUGGGUCAACCAGACCUCCGGGCAGGGCUGCGGGGGGUUUCUGCCCCCGGGGCGCUCCUGGGCCCCCGGAGCCCUCUACGAACUGCUGAGCGCCAAGACGGAGCGCGACUGCACGGCCGCCCUGGGCUUUGCCAUGCACGAGCUGAGCCUGGUGCGGGUGGAGAAGCACUACCAGCCCUUGCUGCAGCCGGGGCAGAGCGGGAGCCAGCUGGUGGAGGAGCUGUACCUGGGGGACAUCCACACGGACUGGGUGGAGAGGCUCCACUACCGCCCCACCGGUUACCAGCGACCCCUGCAGAGCGCUGUGCACCACGUGCACCCUUGCCCAGCCUGUGGGAUUAUAUACAGGGCUGAUGAGCACCACCCACCCAUCCUCCCCGCCGGAGCCCAGCUGCCCAUGCAGCUCAGCGGCAGCUGGGUGAGCACCCACUGCGAGGUCCGACCCGCCGUGCUCUUCCUCACCAGGUACUUCAUAUUCCACGGGAACAACCACACCUGGGAAGGGUAUUACUAUCACUACUCAGACCCGCUCUGCAAACAGCCCACCUUCACCAUCUAUGCCUCUGGGCACUACUCCCAAGGCAUCCCCUCCUCCAAGGUGCGGGGCGGCACCGAGCUGGCUUUCAAAGUCACCCAGGCUCGGGUGACGCCGAUGGACCAGGUGACAGUGAUGAUGCUCAACUCCUCAGAACCUGGAAGCUGUGGGCUGGCCAGCUCCUGGAGCGCCGGGGUGGAGCAGGAUAUAACAGCCACCAAUGGCUGCUUGGCUUUGGGCAUCAAGCUGCCCCACACCGAGUACGAACUCUUCAAAACGGAGCAGGACACGCGGGAGCGGAGCCUCCUGUACAUCGGGGAGAGACCCACGGACGGGUCCAGCCCCGACAGCCCAGACAAGCGACCCACGUCCUACCAGGCCCCUCUGGUUCAGUGUGCUGGAGCCUCAGAGGAAUUCUCCAGCUACGUUAGUCUAAAAUACUUGGGAAGGAAGGAUGCUAAUGGGAAGGAAGCACUAAAACCUUUGCCUGUGGCCUUUUUAUUGUUCAUAGCACUUCUGUUUUUAAGAUGGGACUAGUUAUCCAUUCAGGUACAGCACAGAAUCCAGAUAAAUCUUGGUGCUAGCGUGAUUUUUAUAUCCUUCAAAUGAGCACAUCUGGAAUCAGUUUUUCUCAGAUUUGGAAACACUUUUUUAAAAACACCCAGUAGUGAAUGAAGCCAAGAAGAUAUGCCUGACUCCAUACUGUUUGUCCCGUGGCUUUAUUGCCUAAUCUCCCCUCUUUGCGUGCAAAUUUAAUGUAGUGACAUGGAUGUGCUGCACAUUGCAAGGGAUAAUUCAGCAACAUGGGGGGGGGGGGAAGUGACAUCAAUUAAAAUUGCUGCUUUGAGCUUUUGACAUUGCUAAGAUUUAAUCAAGAGCUUGAUUCCGAUGUAAUUCAAACAUCCGAAGUGUCGGCUGCUGAGUUUCUUUGAGGUUAAGUUCCCUCCCAUCAUACUCCUUUUUGCUGCUCAUGCAAAUUUAAUCUGCAGAGUCAGUCAGCAAUAAACAGUCAGCAAGUGUUCUUGAGAAGGGCACGGUUCACGUGCCUUUAGCAGUUCACAGAUACUUUCUGCACUUUUCCUGUGUGUGUCACACACACAGGGGUGCAACGUGCAGUCUCCCACUCAGGGCUGCCCAGAACAGCCCUCACGGAGCGUCACCUCGGCUGCUACGCCUGACCCUCGUCAGAGAAGAUUAUGGUAAAUGGAAAAUGCUUCUGUGCACAGCAGCUCCAGCCUCCAGCAUUCCCUGGCUGCAGCACUGCAUCCUUGCUGCGUUGUUCUGCCUCUCCAGUGCAGUCCUGACUGCUGCUCACCAGGCACCCCGUGAAGGAAAAGAUCCCUCCCAAGUCUUGUCAGGCCAGGUAUUUUCACUGCCUCCUUUUCAGUCAGUGUACUGGCACAUCAAUUGUUAAUCCAGGUCUCCUCUCAAAGUGUCCCUUCCAGCCUCUUUCCUGUACAGAUGUUUUAUAAAUCUGCCUCUGGUGAACAAUGGGCUGGGGAGAUGCUCAGAUCAGACAGCACAGUCAGGUCAAACUGAUUCCUACUGACAAGAAGGACAAACUAAAAAAUUAUAUUCCCUGUCUGCUGCAGCUAAGAAGCAUAUAACUUCCUUGGAGAAGCCCUCCUCCAGCAGCUAAAUCCUCUCCAAAUAAGCCUAUAUAUCUUACCACAAAGGAUAUUUUGUUAAAGCAGCUAUGCAAUAGCCACCUUAAUGCUGUAUUUACGAACUUGCAGCUUGUACUUAGAUAAAUUAUGGGGUUUAUAACACAAAAAUACUUUGGGGGGACCUGUACAUUAAUAAUUCAAAUGAGAUGCUUAUUAAAUGCAUACAGUUGUGACAUAAA